AUGCGAGCCAGCGAGCCAGCGAGCCAGAGAACCAGAGAGCAGGGAGACCAGCAGGGUGACCAGCUAGCCAGAGAGCCAGCCAGAGAGCCAGAGAGCCAGAGAGCCAGAGAGCAGGGAGACCAGCAGGGGCCCAUAGGGAAUAAGGUGGCAUUUUGGGACAUGGUCUCGAUGAAAGCGGAGAAGUGGAGGUAUAAGAGAGUGAAUCUUUAUCACUACUACUACCACCACUACCGCUACCACCACUACCAUUACCGCUACCACUAUUACCGCUACUACCAUUACCACUACCGCUACCACUAUUACCGCUACCGCCAUUACCGCUACCGCCAUUACCGCUACUACCACUACCAUUACCGCUACCGCCAUUACCGCUACUACCACUACCAUUACCGCUACCACCAUUACCGCUACCGCCAUUACCGCUACUACCACUACCACUACCGCUACCGACAUUACCGCUACCGCCAUUACCGCUACUACCACUACCAUUACCGCUACUACCACUACCACUACUACCAUUACCGCUACCACCGCUACCGCUACUACCACUACCAUUACCGCUACCACCAUUACCGCUACCGCCAUUACCGCUACUACCACUACCACUACUACCAUUACCGCUACCACCGCUACCGCUACUACCACUACCAUUACCGCUACCACCAUUACCGCUACCGCCAUUACCGCUACUACCGCUACUACCGCUACCGCCAUUACCGCUACCGCCAUUACCGCUACUACCACUACCAUUACCGCUACCACUAUUACCGCUACUACCACUACCAUUACCGCUACCACCGCUACCGCUACUACCACUACCGCUACCGACAUUACCGCUACCGCUACUACCACUACCAUUACCGCUACCACCAUUACCGCUACCGCCAUUACCGCUACUACCACUACCAUUACCGCUACCACUAUUACCGCUACCACCACUACCACUACCACCAUUACCGCUACUACCGCUACUACCAUUACCGCUACCACCAUUACUAA